AUGUCUGCCAGAAGUUUUCUUAACCACAACUUGCCUCGAGACAAGAUGAGAGCAAAAGUCACUGGUCGGCGUAAGCUCUCGGCCUCUGUAAGUAAGCACGGCCUAACUAAACCUAAGUCAAAGGGCUUACUUAAAUCUAAGUCAGAUGUUAUUACUAGUCAGUCGUCACCCGUUGUAAUUGGUCAGCAGCUUAAUAUGUAUGCAUUUGACGAUUGCAAUGACUUUAUGCUAAAGUUUGGCACUUUGAUAUCAAUUCUUGGAAAUUUAUUCGACAGGAACAUCUCCGAUAUUCCUUCUGAAGAAUGUAGGCGUCUCGACCCACUUGUUCAUCUGGUCGCCAUUGAAUCUAGUGAUAGACAAAAGCGUUCUUACAACUUUCUUUUAAAAAAAUGUUCCUCUAUCUGCCCGGCCAAUUGCUGUUGCGGCCAAUUUCCUGUAUUUCUGUGGGUUCAACUACAAAAUAGCCGAUGCCAAACGCUUGUCCUCCCGUAGCAAAAUCCACUCGUCUAACUCAAAUUAUUUUAAUCAAUCGAGGUUGACACAAUCUUUGCCCAUGGAGAUCGUGUCAAUGCGUGCCUGGAAAAUGCCCAAUUUUUCCUGUCAUGAUCUUACUCCUAUGGAGCGUAGAAUCGGGUCUCUCUUUUCACAUAAGCCCACUGCUUCUCAGUCUAAUGCUCCCCAACUCGGUCAUAAUACAAGUGGCCGUGAGGAUUCAGCUUGUCCUACUCCUGCCACAUCUGACUCCCUCUCUCCCCUUACUCCUACAUCUCCAUCUCACUCAAGCCACUUGACGCAUUUGCCUGUCCCUGAAAUUGCAGCAGCAGCAGCAGCAGCAGCAGCAGCAGCAGCAGCAGCAGCAGCAGCAGCAGCAGCAGCAGCAGCAGCAGCAGCAGCAGCAGCAGCAGCAGCAGCAGCAGCAGCAGCAGCAGCAGCAGCAGCAGCAGCAGCAGCCCCAUUUGUCGUUUCUUAUCUUCCGGGUAGCCCCGCUGGGACACAUGAAAAUCCGUCAACAUCAGCUAGACCGAUAA